AUGACAUUUCUUCAUUCUUCCUCCCCUCUUGCUCUCACGGGAGUCUUCCUCAUAGCUCUCCUUCACACCGUCUCCGCAGACGAUUGCGUUGCGUGGACUUGGUCAUGGAACUCCGCGAGGGUGGGUGGCGCCGCUGCCAUGGCCGCAACGCCCCCUCUUCGCGCAGCCGUGAAUGCCUACCAGCGCGCAGCAAACACUGAGCCUGGCGAUGUCAACUGCCGCAGCUGGACGCAAACAUACGACAACGUCGGCUACUGGACUUGCAGCCAGCUGGCGGACGACCACGGCAUUACACUGGAAAAGUUCUGGAUGAUGAAUCCAACGCUGGCUCCUGACUGCAAGGCAAUCAAGCCUAAUACAGAGUAUUGUGUUGAUGGGUUCAUAGAGCCUCUCCGCUCCACAGAUGGAUUUUGCGGCCCCAGCCAUAAGAACGCAACUUGUAUCGGAUCGAAUUUUGGCCAGUGCUGCAAUGCCGGGACUUGGAAGUGCGGGAAGACCGAUAAUGACUGCUCCAAUGGCAUCUGUUGGGAGGGCCAGUGCGCCGGACACACCAUCUACACGACUGAUGGCAACUGUGGCUACCAGCACGGCAACUUGCUGUGUGCGGGCAAGUGGGGAGACUGCUGUAGCCUGGAUGUGGGUAAAUGUGGCACCGGUGAGAAGUUCUGCGGCUCGGCGAAUUGCCAAUCUGGGAAUUGUACGCAGACAUCGACAAGUAAGGGGAAGGAAUAA